GGUCGGCGGAAGCGCUCGGAAUGGUAGUGCUGGCUCGACGAGUCGUGCCAGGGACGUCGAAGUCCUGAUCACUGGCUUUGGUGUGAGUCGCCGAGUCGAGGCGUGCGGCGUGUUUGUAAAGGACACGCCCACACCGCCGCCGCAACCUCUGCUGACUCUCGUGUCCGGAUGUAUGCGCUGUCAUGGAUCACGCACAGCCAUUUGGCUCCAUCGGGAAAGAUGCGAACCCUUCAUGGCUCGCCAUCAAAGAGCUGAACAAUACAUACCUGUCGCUGUCUGAGCCGCCUGGUACAGGAGACGAGGCAGGAAGCAGCAGCAGCAGCAGCGCACCCAUCGAGUCCGGACCUCGCAUUCACAUCCAGGUGCUCCAAUCAGCCACGGUCUAUGCCCACGUCCUAUCCCUCGUGCCGCGCAUACACGGCAACCCGCCAUCUGCCCAUUCGGAGCCCUACAUGGAUCCGUCUGGUGCUCCCGCACCGGACGACGAGGGUCCGCAAGGUAUAGGGGAGCCCUACCCUAUAGGAUACACGCUCCGCCAUCCCGAAAGGGGUUACGACUUUGUACUGCAUUUGGGCGUGGGCUAUCCAGGCGGUUUGGCGGUGGAGAAGGCGGCGCACAAGAGGAGAUACCAGAUUACGGAUGCAAAGGGAGAGUUCGCACCGCGCGCGACGGACCAGAGCGAUGUGGCCUCUGAGCUUUCCAAGGCCGAAGAGAGGGAGAGGGAGCGCUUGCAGAGAGCUGCGGAGAGGGCUUUGAAGGAGCAACAAGCACGCGCCGCCGAAUCGAAUGGUCAGGAGAAAUCGUCGUCGUCGCCGCCGCCGCCGACAAACCUGGAAGAGGAAGCCAUCGCAUCGUUUGGACCUCGGCUUUGCAGGACAGCGGCGCAACCUCCUCCCCCUCCAAAGAGGCUCUUCGAUCAUGCUUGCCUUCGCGGCUUUGCGGAAGGCUACGAGCAGUUCAAGGAUGUGGAAGAGACAAACGUGGACACUGAUGGGCUCGCAAAGUUCUUGAGCGCGAGGGGCACGCCCGUCAGGGAAUCGGACGAUGCCGGUAGAUUUCUGUGCGACUUUAUCUACUACGCCUCUUUGACGGAAUUUCAGCGGGCCGCUCAUCGGCUCGAAGGAGUUGCUGGAGCGAGGCGAGAUGCCGACGACGAGGCGGAUCAACAGCAAAAGGCGUCCCCCAUCACACCCUUGUUCGUGCACGUUCCGCCAGAGGGACAAGACCUGACUCUAGAACAGGUCAGAAAGGGCAUACUGGACGUCGUUUGGUGGAGCAUCGUUGGCGAGAGAGCCAGAUGAGAACGGAUGUGGGCUCGAGUUUUGCGCGCGCGCCCCAUACACGAUUAGGCGGGGCACACUGAGAGUGGCGCAGUAGGAAAUACAUGGGCGUUCGCCAACGACUUUAUGAUACGGUGUCUGCGUUCUGAGAGGUAGCGUAUUCAGGAGCACCUUGAAGAGGGGGACCGGCUGCGGCCUGGCGUGCCAUGCCAAAGGCAAGAGCGCUUGUCGUGACGGUGCUUUUGCUUGCUUGACUCGAAGCGUACACUCCACAAUCGGCGCAAGCAUACAGCACUCAUGCGCGGAUCUUACGAGUG